AUGAACGAUCAUAAUUAUAAUAAUAAUAAUAAUAAUCAUAAUAAUAGUCCAAAAAUGAAUAAUCAACAUAUAAAGAAAACAAAAAUAUUACAAUGGUUGGAUUCAUUCAAGAAAAAGGAUAGUCCCAACAAUUUAUCAUCUAAAUCAUUGACAACUACGCCAACUCUACAGGGUGUGGCAUCCACCAGCACCAAUAAUAUCAAUACUCUACUCUAUAGUUUGGCCAAUGCCAACAUCAACAAUAGUAAUAAUAAUAUCAAUAACACCAGUACAUCUUCACUUAGUAAUAGUGGAUGCUCCAAUCAAGGUGGUAGUUCGAUCACCAAUGUAAAUAACCACCACCACCACCACCACCAAACAUCGACCGAAGACGAUUGUGAUUUAAAUACAUCAUCGUCAUUGUCAUACUCUACUUCAUCAAGUCCAUCAUCUCCAGGUUGUACAUCACCUCCAUUAAAUAAUUCAAGAGAAAAUCAAAAUCAAAAUCAAAAUAAUCAAAUUAAUAAUCCCAAUCAAAAUAAUAUAUUAAAUGGAAUUGCAGCAACAGUUAAUCAUAUUCAAAGUAUUGCAACGGGAGGAGGGUCAAGUUCAUCAGCAUUAUUGGCCAAUAAUAUAAAUUCCAAUCAUUUAGCAAAUUAUUAUAAUAGUUCUCCAUUUGACUCUGCACCUCCUAUCCCAUUCCCAACUAAUAAUACAAAGAAUAAUAAUAAUAAUAAUAAUAAUAAUCAGAAUGGUGGUGGUAGACCAACUUCAAUCACUAUAGGUAUAUCAAAAUCAACUUCAUUUACUCAAAGUAGUAAUCAUCCAAAUUCACCUCAAUUUAAUCCACCCUAUUCUCCGAGAAAUAAUAAUAAUACAUCGACAACUUCGACUACUACAGCAACAACAAUGGCCAAACACCCAGAUACAAGUGUUCCAUCACCUCCAUUGAUUUUACCGUCUAUCCCAUCCAUGUCAUCUUCGUAUUCGGUCCAAGUGGUACCAGAGAUGAAAGCAACAAAAGAAAACUUUUACAAAACUAUUGGAGACCCGAAAAGUUUUAUAAAGUUUAAGACAUAUAUGGAGAAUUGUCAAAGUAUGGAAAACUUAAACUUUUACUUGGAGAUUGAACGAUACAAAAAGAUUGAAGAGGAUAUGGAACGCAAGUUUACAGCUAUGGAUAUUUGGAGAAGAUUCUUUCAAGAGGGUGGAUCUAACCAACUGGGGUUAGAGUCAUCGCAAAAGAGAUAUGUUGAAGACAACAAAUCAAACCCUUCGUCAUCGUUGUUUGACGAGGUUCAAGAGCAAGUACUUGAGGAUAUGGUGUGUGACGCCUACCGACAUUUCCUCUCUUCUCCAUUCAAUCAAGAAUGGAGAGUUCAACAACCAACUAUUUUACAGCAACAACAACAACAAUCAUCAUCAUCAUCAUCACCACAUUCACCACAAUAUUCUCCACAAGCAUCGAAUUUAUCGCUUAUUCAACAACAACAACCACAACCACCAUCGACUAUUUAUUUAAAUCAAUCGAAUCAACAAUUACAACAAUUACAAUUACAACAACAACAACAACAACAACAAUCAUCAUCAUCGACAAGUAGAUCAACAACACCUAUAUCAACAAGUAAUAGUAGUGGAAAUAUUAUCGAAAAUAGCAAUAAUAAUAAUAAUAAUAAUAAUAAUAAUUGUAGUAGUACCGCUACUACUAUAUCAAGUCCGAGCCAUCAUUCAGUGGCAAUUAAUUCUCCACAACAUCAUCAACCAUUACAACCUCAACAACAACAACAAUCUAAUCAAUUUUCAAUAUCAUCACCAGAACAUCCAGAAUUGGAUGUUGGUGAUAUACAAUUUAUUUUGGAUGAAGUUGUUAAAAACCAAAUAUCAAUACAUAAUGAAAUUCAUUAUUCAGAGGUAUCGAUUAGUCAUUGGAUAGCAUCUGGUGCAUCAGGUAGAGUGUAUGCUGGAUAUUGGAAAGGUAAAGAAGUAGCAGUAAAGGUGUUUGGACAUGAAUUAAAUGUAUAUUUUGACGAAGCAGAGUAUAAACGUGAAGUAGCAUUAAUGACAUUAUUAAAACAUGAUAAUUUGGUACAAUGUUUUGGUUCUGGUUCAUAUGGUAAUUGUUAUUUCCAUUUAACUGAAUUUUGUUCUAGAGGAAGUUUAACAGAAUAUUUAAAGAAUCCAAAUAGUCCUUUGGAUUUAAAUACACAAUUAAACUUUGCAUUGGAUAUUGCACAUGGUAUGAGAUAUCUUCAUAGUAUGUCUGUCAUCCAUAGAGAUUUAAAGAGUAUGAAUAUUUUGUUGACAGAGAAUGGUAAAUUGAAGAUUAUAGAUUUUGGUACAUCUAGGCUAUUUAAUAAACAAAUGACAUUUAUGGUUGGAACUCAGUCUUGGAUGGCACCUGAAGUAUUUACUUCAAAGAGUUAUACUGAAAAGGUUGAUGUUUAUUCAUUUGGUAUAAUAUUGUGGGAAAUAUUUACAAGAAGAGCACCAUAUGAUGAAAAUGUACCAUUUAAUACUCCAUUUAAAGUUGCAAAGGGAGAAAGACCGGAAAUUCCAAAGGAAACACCAAGUUAUGUUUCCAAUUUAAUCAAAAAGUGUUGGUCUCACAAACCAUCACAUCGACCUUCUUUCUCAAAGAUAUGUGCCUAUUUGGAAAAUAAUAUGGUGGAGAGCUAUCAACAACUUGUACAACAACAACAACAAAUCCAAUUACAACAACAACAACUCCAACUACAACAACAACAACUACUUUUACAACAACAACAAUUGCAACAACAACAAUCUGCAAUUCCUUCACUUCCCAUUUCACAACAACAACAACAACAACAACAACCAACUUUAAAGAAAAACAAAUUACCAUUUAAAUGUACCUCAUCAUCCCAUCCCAUCCUUCUCUCCUCACUCUUUUGA